GAAAACACAACGUCCGGUCAGUUAGACACUAAGCCAGGUUGAAUUGCUACUAUUAUGGCAGCGAUCGCGUGCGCUUAUCGAGGCAUGCAGAGUCGUGAGAAAACGCUGAGCAAGCUCUCCAGACUUUUGUGGCUCGUACGGUUGUCAUAGUUACACUACGGCAUCUAACGUUGUUCUCCGUUAGAUUGAGCUGCCGUUAAUGCUGUUACUAUGGCUGCUUGUGCCGCCCAGCGGUGCAUAGAGCAAACCGUAGGGCGCUGGCUUGUAAACGCCGCCUACAGAGUAGUCAACGCACAGAACAAGCCAAAGCCGGCAGAUCGACGUUGACCGCACCACGAGACCAACAAACAAGGCAGCGCUACGGCACUUGAUCGCACCUGCAAGUGGAAGUGGGUAUUUGUCAGUGGAGCUGUGGCAAUGAUAGAGUUCAGUGCCCCUCGUCUCGAACUGGAUGAGCUUGGUCGGCUGAGGAGACCAGCAUAGAAAGGCAACCGUGUCGCUCGCAAUAUCGCGCCGCUUCAUUUGGCGCUACGUGUUGCACCCGCCCUGCAACUUCUCUGCAAGCGUAUACUUCCAUCCGUCGUUCGUUUGUUGUGUACGAAUACGGCAGGACGACCGUGGAAUAGAACCCUCCGUCAUGAGUCGAGCUGAUAUUGUGAUCGCCGCCGCAGGGAGACAGUCAACGUUCUUUGCCGGCCGAUUCUCUGUUCGACGCGCACGGCGGUGUGGUCGUCGCGGUGGUAAUGGCAGCGUGUGAGCACGGAGCUAGCGCUGAUGAUGAGCAGACCGCCGUAGAAGCAAACGGAACCAGUAGGAACCCUGAUCUAAAGCAUUCCCGCUACUCGAAGAGACAAAGAACAAAACAGCCGUCGCCGGCGACGACAGUGGAGGCCGGUACAACAAGACGUUGACUUGCUGCCGACGUGUCUUGUCGUUGCUAAGCUCUCCCCUUCGGGAUAGCGGUCGUGGCGCCGCGCUUUCGGAAAGACCAAGCAGACUUCCAAUAUUCGAAUCAACGAACGAUCCAGGAGCAUUCCGGCAACUCACGUUCCGGUGGCUGACGGUGCGGCACAUUUUGCGGGCUGUAGAGUUCGAGCGCGUCUCAGCCCUUCUGUGGAAGGGUGACGGCAGCAGCGGCGUCAGUGACGUUAAACACAAUUGACGAGCGCGACGUUUCAGGAACGUGGCCCGUCAAACUUAACGCCUGGCGGGAGAGAGAAAGAGAAGGAGAGGUUCCAAUAGCACAACCGAACCCAACUGUUGGUGUUAAGUGGCUCUCUCGUACCGUGACAAAGGCACAGUUUAUGCCAGUCUUUUUGGGGUCAAACAGUGCUAUACAGCAAACCGCUAGGAUAGAUUGUCCCUAUAUAUAUGUAUACAUAUAUACAUAACUAAAGUAUAUGUGUGUGUGUAUAUAUAUAGAUGUAUGCAAAGUUAAACAUGCAUCGUGUAACAUUCGCGUAACGCGACGGCUCGACGAGAGGCGACGGCUAGCUGGGCUAGACUGGGCAGCAUAUUCGACAUAAUACUCUACAGUGCCACGUGUGCUCAGAUAGUGUUCAAGCUUCGUUCACAAGGCGGCGAUUGUGGAUUCGGCGAUCAUUUACUGGAAAGGAGCCAGCGAUACAGAAGCAGACACGCAGAGGAUUCUUCAUUAAAACACCACGGUGUCACGGAACACUGCGUAAUUGCAACGAAUAUUAUUAACUCGUGAUCGAGAUUCUAGUAACCUUCUGGUUAGUUUCAACGAGUGGCCAUAUUCACCAUGGGUCUUGACAACAAUUUGGGCGAAGCAUGUGCCACGCAGCCGACUGGAAUAUCUGACGAUGUAAAGAAACAGGGGAAAAUGUUCAACAACUCUCCACCGGAUGAAGAUUUGAAACCGGUAGGUCGACACGACAAACCCAGUCAACUACGUCGGCGUCCCGAACAACCUUCACGGUCGUCUCUGCAAUGGCCAUCAGCGCAAGAGAGUCAAACCGCGCCCGAGUUGCAGACACAGCAGCAAAAGCACGCCUCUUCUGAAGACAGCUUACCUUUGCCAACAUAUGAUGAGACAGUUACCGAAUUUCGCAAGUAUCUACACGAAGGCCACCGACCGGAAGAUGACUUCGAGCCUACCCCGUGGAUUAUGUAUUACACAACGGUGUUUAGUUACUUUGUGCUGUACAUAUUUGGUGUGAUGCGGGACUUCCUUCGGGGCAUCGGCAUCGAGAAAGUCAACUCACAAAUCGAGAAAAAUCGCAUAGGCUACCCACCUCUCUACCGUUCGUUUGACGCUUUCUACACGCGUAACAUCUAUAGACCAAUCCGUGACUGUUGGAACCUACCGUUACUAUCGGUGCCUGGCGCCAUGAUUACGCUUCGCGACCGUACAUCCGAUAACUAUAACUGGACGUUCAGGUACCUUGACACGGAAACAACGUACAUCAAUCUCGGCUCCUAUAACUACCUCGGUUUUGCCGAGAACAGAGGCGACUGUGCGAACCAAGUUCAACAGUGUCUUAUCGAGAACGGGUAUUCGCUUUGCAGUACGCGACAUGAACUGGGCACGCACGAAUUGCAUGUUGAGCUAGAAAAUUUGCUGGCUGAAUUUCUUGGUGUUGACGCAGCUAUUGUGGUAGGGAUGGGUUUUGCAACUAAUUCCACAAACAUUCCCAUUCUUGUUGGUCCUGGCAGUCUUAUUGUCUCCGAUGAACUGAAUCAUGCUUCGCUUUGCCUCGGAUGCAAAUUAUCUGGUGCGACGACACGGACGUUCAAGCACAACGACAUGAACAAUCUAGAAAAGGUACUGCAGAACGCUGUCUACUAUGGACAGCCAAAGACCGGCGAACCUUGGAAAAAAAUCCUCAUCAUCGUAGAAGGCAUCUACUCCAUGGAAGGAACAAUUAUUGAUCUACCGAAAGUUAUCGAGCUCAAGAAACGUUACAAAGCGUACCUUUACCUGGACGAAGCGCACUCUAUCGGCGCAUUGGGUGAACGAGGCCGGGGUGUUGUUGACUACUACGGGGCUGAAGCUAAAGACGUGGACAUACUCAUGGGCACCUUUACUAAGAGCUUCGGCGCUGCCGGUGGUUACAUAGGUGGGCGAAAAGAACUUAUCGACUAUAUACGAGCAAUGUCAUACAGUUUCGCCUACGCAACCUCGAUGGCCCCACCAGUAACGAAGCAGAUCAUUGCUUCUUGUCGACAAAUUAUGAGUACGGAGGCCGGCGCCAGUCGUCUAAAACAGCUUGCUAGAAACACAAGGUAUUUCCGGCGUCGACUUAAGCAAAUGGGCUUCAUCAUUUAUGGUAACGAUGAUUCGCCCGUCGUCCCGUUAAUGCUCUAUUUACCCUCAAAAAUAGCAGCGUUUGUCCGCGAUCUUAUGGAGGAGAAGGUGGCAACGGUUGGCGUCGGCUAUCCAGCCACUGCUCUGACGGAGUCGCGCGUUAGAUUCUGUCUGAGUGCUGCUCAUACGAAGGAAAUGCUGGACAGAUCACUUGAAUGCAUUGACCGCGUCGGAGAUCGACUCAAUCUUAAACUAAGCAGACGCAAUCGAAAUACAAGUGAAGUGGUGGUAUAUUAGUACGCGAUGUAUCUAAUACUACUACAACUAUAUACAUUUACAAAUCACUAUUAUAUUAUGACAAUUCUAACCAAGGCUGUGAGACUUAAAAGUUUUUGUCGAACCAUUCUCGAUACCUACAUUUGCACACGCCCGAAUAGAGAGAGACCCUUCAGAUGAUAUAUAUAAUUUUCUUCUCUAGAUAUAUUAAUGAAAGUGAGGCUUAUUUAUCUUCUGGACACACGAACACACGUACACAUAAAAGAGGUGCCGCUCUAGCAAGAUGGAAUUGUUAUGAGUAAGCUUGUAUGCAGCUCAUACGAGAUCGAGGUGUCUUCUCUUCUGACGACGCAGAAAAGUGACACGAUGGAAGCGAUACAACAGCUAAAACCUGUACAAGGUCACAUGGGUCCUCACCGCAAUCGCUCACACCAACAGAAGACGUUUACAAGUUUAUGCUGCUGGGUUUAGCGCGCUGCGUUUGCUACGUCAUUUUUUUGUGAAUCGAAAGGUUAUAAAAUUCCUAUUGAAAUGCAUCGUAACACAUUGUUAUCUUCUAGCCCACUUUUCUCUUCGUCGUAUUCAAAAUAAAGUUACCCACUGUUUGCUGUUGCCGCGAAGCAUGUGAUAGAAUAGUAGUCAAUAGAACUGAUAAGAGUAAACCUAAGUGACGAAGCAAAAGAUUGGCUGCUGAAGGCAGAACAUUGGGCAUCUUUAUUCUACUUUUUAUCAGGCAAUACACAAGGCUCUGAAUGUCAGACGUGUUUUGCAACUGGCUAUUAGCGCAACGUUUCAAAUAAAAUAUAUCAAUGAACUAUUCAAAAAAAAAAAGACAAAAAGCUUGUAGCUGCAACAACAGCAGGAAACGACGGCGAUCUACAAAAGCAAUUCUAUCGAAUUAAUCAAGAUUUAUAGGAAGCGAUGCUGUCUUUGAGUAAAAAAUAAUAAUUCCUCUUUCCCGGCUCGUUCCAUACUUUGUAAGCAUGUUCCGAUGAAUCGAUCUCUACUGGUUCGGUGCGACGAUCCUAUUCUUAGUGGGUAAAUCCUAGCGUUGGGUUAAACAUGACAACAACUGCCAGAAGUGUUACUUACGUAUGCCAGUCUAAAUCUGUGAGCAAAUGUUUAUCAUUGAAUAAACCUGUUUUUCUGUGCUUAUAUGAAAAGGGCAGAGGUUUUUGACUAGGUGCCCCUUCCCCGCUUUAGCGCCUGAGAAAGACUAAUAGACAAAAAGGUAAGAAUGCAACGUCUGUACAUUUUGUAUGAAUAUAUAUAAUAAUUAAAAAGAUACUAAGUAAUAACACGCAAGUCAUUACAGGGUAAGACAUCUUGCCCGUUGUUGCAAACGUAACGAUCUUAGUGAACGUAUAGUGUAAUGAUAAUCGUACACACAAGGGAACAAAAAAUCGCAGCAAUGAUAAAAUGAUUAUAAUAAACAAUGUGUUAAUGCUACGAGUGCUGAAAGACGAUGAAGCUAUUUAAUGAUAAGUUCAGUUCCAGCUGUAGUAGCGUACGUGAAGGCGUGUUUGUAUGUGAUUCACUUGUGGUCUGAAAGGAUCGCGUGGAACAACCACGUGGAAGAGUAAUAUGGCAGGGAGUAACAGGUAACGAAUCACAGAAGCUGUAACCUGACAGGAAAGCAGAAGCUGCAAGAAAUCUAGGGCGUAAAGGACGACCUGAUCAAUGCCAAUAUACAUCGUCAUUGUAGUAUCUCAGCGCCGUUUGAGUGCCUUAGGGUCUAGGUUGCGUUUGCUCUUCUCGGCUAACUCUUCCAGAUCAAUUAAUGAACUAGAGUACGUUCCGGUUCAGAUGAAUAGUGCUUGUAUAAAUCACACCAUGCAAAUUUCGACCAGAGCGUUUACCGGUCGUAGAAACAAAAUAUGCUGCUAACUUCCGUCUCCUUAGCCGUGGCGGUACGUAAUAUGUGGUACGUUUUAGCGAACAUAGAUAAUACACAGAAUAAUUCAGGGUAACUGACAGCUCGUAGAAGCUCGAAUAGUACUGUAGGUAUUAGAUAUUUAAGCGUAAUUUGAAUAUUAAAAUUUAAGCCCGGUGGGCAACAGCGGGGUCACGUACAGGUAGACACGGACGAUCCAAAUGUUUAUCACUUGAUCACACAACUUGAAACUUAAACAACAGGAAACGAUAACAAAAUAACCGAUACUGUCGUCUGUGUUGAUUAUGAACGAGGAAGUCAUAUGCGAGUAAAGGACGGGCAACCUACCCUCGUUUUACUCCCAAUAGCUACGGCAAUGGAUCCGGUCCGACAAUCGCAAAGCAUGCUGCCAUACUUAGUUAUGCAACCAAUUCGACUAGUUGCAAACUUUAGUAGAUGAGUUUCAGUGAAUGAAGGAAGGAAGGAAAAGUUUAGCACUGUUCACUAACCUGAAUCAGGUAACCUGUCAGAUUCAAAGUCCGCGCAGACGGAAAGUUGUACCCGAUUGGUACUUACCGAUUGGCAUUACGAUUGCGUACGAAC